AAAAUUUGUUUCCUUUCCUCAGCUGCCGCUAAGGUGCUCGGUCCUUCCGAGGAAGCUAAGGCCGCGUUGGGGUGAGGCCCUCACUUCAGCCGGCGACUAGCACCGCGCUCGGCACGCGCCCUCGCCAUGGCCUCCGUCUCGGAGCUCGCCUGCAUCUACUCGGCCCUCAUCCUGCACGACGACGAGGUGACGGUCACGGAGGAUAAGAUCAAUGCCCUCAUUAAAGCAGCGGGUGUGAAUGUUGAGCCUUUCUGGCCGGGUUUGUUUGCAAAGGCCCUGGCCAACGUGAACAUUGGGAGCCUCAUCUGCAAUGUAGGAGCUGGUGGACCUGCGCCAGCAGCUGGUGCUGCGCCAGCAGGAGGUCCUGCUCCUUCCACCGGUGCUGCCCCAGCUGAGGAGAAAAAAGUGGAAGCCAAGAAAGAAGAAUCUGAGGAGUCUGAUGAUGACAUGGGCUUUGGUCUCUUUGACUAAACUUUUAUAAGCUGCUCAAUAAAAAGCUGAACUCCUG